AUGGUUUUCGGUAAAGAUUUGGAUGCGUGGGCCGGCGACACCGGCCUGGCUCUCGUUGAGAAGGACGAGAAGAAGUCGCGCUUCGCCGUCUCCUGGGCCGAGGCCAAGCUGCUCACCAUCGCUGGUGUCGGUUUCCUCAUGGACGCCUGGGAUCUCUUCAUCAUCAACAUCAUCUACUCGAUCAUCCUCGUCGCUUACUACCCCAAGAACACCAAGAACAUCGACUGGGGUCUUGAGGGUGGUGUGCUCAAGGCUGCCGCCAACAUCGGUAACAUUGUUGGCCAGCUCCUCUUCGGUUUCUGCGGCGACAUGUUCGGUCGUUCGGCUGUCUACGGUAAGGAGUUGAUUAUCGUCAUUGUUGCUGUCAUCCUCCAGAUCUCGGCUCCCGACUCGAUCGGCGGCCACGGUAUCACCAUCUGGCUCGCUGUCUUCCGUUUCGUCAUGGGCAUUGGUAUCGGUGGUGACUACCCCAUGUCGGCUACCAUCGUUUCGGACCGAUCCCACCUCAAGAACCGUGGUUUCCUCCUCUCGUGGAUCUUCUCGAACCAGGGCUGGGGUAACCUCACUGGUGCCAUCCUUGCCGUCAUCGUCAUUGCUGGCUACCGCCACUACGUCGACGCCGGCCACCUCCACAAGCUCUCGGGCGCCUGGCGUAUCCUCCAGGGUCUCACCCUGAUCCCUGCCUUCAUCGUCCUCUACUUCCGUCUGACGCUUGUUGAGUCGACUCGUUUCACCCAGGCGCGUAAGCUGCAGGAUGACCCUGAGCUGAUCGCAAAGGGACACCAGAACCUCAACCGCUCCCCCUCGGACGAGGAUGAGCUCACCAAGGAGAAGGCGCUUGGCGGCGAUGUCACCCCCAUCGAGGCCACCGCCGUCGGCAUGUCUUUCAAGUCGAUCGGCAAGCCCAAGAACGAGUUCAUCACCUACUUCUCCGAGUGGAAGAACGCCAAGAAGCUGAUUGGAUGCGCUGCUGCCUGGUUCCUCGUCGACAUCACCUUCUACGGUAUCAACCUGAACCAGUCUUCGAUUCUCUCGGCCAUCGGCUUCACCAAGGGCUCCACCUGGGGCAAGCUCAUGAAGACGGCCACUGGUAACCUCAUCAUCACCUGCGCUGGUUUCCUGCCCGGUUACUUCUUCACCAUGUUCACCGUCGACAUUGUUGGCCGCAAGCCCAUCCAGCUCAUGGGUUUCAUCAUGAACGCCCUCUUCCUCGGUAUCCUGGCCGGCCGCUUCAACGAACUCAAGCACCAGACUGGUCCCUUCUUCGUUGUUUUCGUCUUCCUGCAGCUCUUCUUCAACUGGGGUGCCAACGCCACGACCUUCAUCGUCCCCGCCGAGGCUUUCCCGACCCGAGUUCGUGCUACAGCCCACGGAUUCUGUGCUGCCUGCGGCAAGUGCGGUGCCAUCUUGUCGUCGCUCUUCUUCUCGUACCUUGCCAACCACACGCACAUCGGCACCACCGGUGUGUUCUGGAUCUUCUUCGGUGUCUCGAUCCUCGGCGCCAUCGUCACCUUCUUGCUCGUUCCCGAGACCAACGGCUACGAUGCUGACGAGGAGGACCGCAAGGAGCUCGCCGCUCGCGCUGGUAUCCAGUAA